GACAAGCGAAAAUGUCACGGUUCCUGCUGCUUGCUUUUAUUUUCCCUAUUUGAAGGCGCUGCCAACUGCAAAAUUAUCAGGACAAAUUUAGGCUAACGAAACUGGACAUUGUCACUGCAAUGUAACCCUCGUCACAUCUCGCAAAUUCUUUUAAUCAGAUGACAAUUCGAGCGAGGUUGAAGCCGUCUGCAUGUUUAUCCAUCCUCUUUAUGCCUUGACUAAACCACAACACGUCACACCACCGUGGGCCAAACGUGGCGGCUGUCCAAAUCUGAUCGGAUAGCAAGGAAUCUCCAUGGAAAGCAACCAAGAAAAGCGAUAAAAACCCAAAGGAGAUAAAUCUCAAUUUCCGUAAUCCGUUUGAGGUCGGUAACAAACGUUCCAUCAACGUUACAGACAUUCCGCGCCCGCUGCAUGUUCCAUUUUCCUCCCUCUCUCAAUCCUCCAUUAAAGCAUGUCGACGACAAUUAGCAUGCGGUCCAUGUCAUGCUCCACCUCCCCCCGCGGCAUCGCCGCCGUCAUCGGCGUCGGCCCCAAGCUCGGCCGCUCCGUCGCCAGCAAGUUCGCUCACGAAGGCUACACCGUCGCCAUUCUGGCCCGCGACCUCGGUAAGCUAUCUGCGUUGGCGGAGGAGAUCGCCGGCGAGGCGAAGGCGCAGGUGUUUGCCAUCCGCAUCGACUGUUCCGACUCCAAGUCGGUCCGCGAGGCCUUCGAGGUGGUGCUCUCCCUCGGCUUCCUCGAAGUGCUGGUGUUCAAUGCAUGCGAGCCGCCCGUCUCCAGCCCACCCAUCAGUUUCACGGCCGUCACCGCCCAAUCCUUCGAGCGCUCCCUCUCCGUCUCCGCUGUCGGAGCCUUCCACUGCGCCCAACAUGUGAUUCCCGGCAUGGUCGAGAGGCGCAGAGGCACCAUAAUCUUCACCGGUUCUUCCGCCUCGCUUAUUGGAUUUGCAGGCUACUGCGAGCUAAGCUGUGGUAAAUUUGCUCUGAGGGGAUUGUCUCAAUGCCUUGCGAGAGAGUUCCAAUCGUCUGGAAUUCACGUCACGCAUGUCAUCAUCGACGGGGUUAUUGGUUCUCCAAGAUCGUCAAUUGGAGAACAGAACACAACGUUGGAUCCAGAUGCAUUAGCACAAACUUACUGGCACAUCCAUACGCAGAAGAAGGGCGCAUGGACGCAGGAGAUCGACCUGCGAGCGACAGGCCUCUGUAGGUUGCAUGAUUCAUCAUCAUUUAUCCAUUAAUUGUUACCUGCAAAAGAAAAAUGGUUAAUAUUAUGAUUCUUUGAAUCUAUGUACCAAUCAUUGCUGGGCCCAUGGGAUAAUAUGAGUGCAGGAAAGGAGACAACAUGGAAAAUGUGGAGCGUAUGGAUAUGAGGGACGAGUCGUGUCAUUGCCGAGUGCACAUGAAGUGUACUGGUGAACGUAUGUCGUGUUGUGAUUUUGUUUUUACCAGGGUGACUAUGGUUAAAUUUAUCUCACCAUGAAAAAGCUAUCUUAUCUUCAAAAUUAAUAUCU